AUGGCUCGCUCCAACAAGGGGAAACUGAGAAAGGCCAGCAAGAAGACUGCUAGCAAAAACAGUCAGGCAGGCAUUAAACCAAACUAUAUCUCUAUGCAGGAGGAGGCUCGGAAUACUGAAGGACGAAGUCUAUGGCGCACGGAUACGCAACUCCGCCACCGGGCCGUCCAGUUUGUGAGUGCAGGCAACAUAGAACCGGCCCAGAAGUUUGAUUCAACAUCAACACCCUCUGAGGAUGGUCAAAUCCAAUGCCCAGAGCCCGACCAUGAACCUACCGCGGAAGUUCAGCUUGACACUGAAAAUAAACCAAUGACAGACAGCAUCACUGCGGUCACGACGGUAUUGCGCCCCACUGUCCAACAGAGGUCACCUACACCUGAAGACUCCAGUGAGGACGAGGUUGUUUUUCGAGGUCGACGUAACAGAAAGGAGUCAUAUCUGGUCAAACCUGUGCAGAAUAUCCUCACCACCCCCGGCUCUCAAGAGGACGCUCCUUGUGAGCCUGCGCUCAAUGUGCCCGAUCAUGGCGCUUCAACGGAUGUAUCAGGUCCUAGAAUAGCUUCCUCCAUCAAUGAGUCUCCUGAUUACAUCCAGAUCGACGACUAUGCUAUGUACAGGGACUCUGAGACGUCCGAUGAAGAUCAGAUACUAGCCGAUUAUAUUGCGAACAUGGAUGACACCUCUGACGGCGACGAUUCGUCGUCUUCACCGAACGAGGACCGCGAUCAAGACGAGGAUCCAAAAGUCGAGGCUCCGGUGAAAGGUUCCCAUGAUAUGGUCCUCGAUUCGGACAGCGGGAGUUUGCAUUCUGACGGUCCUGAAAUGUCGGGAGACCUGGAUCUUGAUAGUUUGGCAGAAUUUGUUUCCUUUGGUCGAUCGAAGGCAGGCCACAAGAAGAGCAGAUUCGCCGAAGCCUCCGCCUUUGCUGAUGCGCUGGAACUGGAUCCCUACUAUGGCUUCGAUAUCAUGGAUUUUAGUCGACCGAGCCUGCGGAAAAAGGCAAAGAAAGGUUCUGAUAACUUCAACUUUGACGUUGACGAGGAGUUGGAGGCGGAGAUGUUAAAUGCCUGGAAUCACGAUAGACUCAAGAAAAAGUCAAAGAAGAAGGAGCGGGAGCAGCUCCGAGCGCAAGGAUUACUUGGCCGACGCAAGAACGACCCGGACUUGAAGAUCAAAUAUGUUGAUGGUAUUGGUAUUGAGGACUUGAAAUCCGAGAUACGUCUCUUUAUACUGUCACCGAAAAACAGCCUGUCCCUCCCUCCUAUGACCAAGCAUCGGAGAAUGCUAGUUCAUGACAUGGCCCAUGUCUUACGUUUGACCUCGAAGUCGCGAGGGAAGGGUUCACUGCGAUUUCCCGUCUUGUCGAAAACCACGCGCACCCCGAAGUACACGCCGAAGACUAUCUCUCAGCUAGACCGGGUAUUGUCACGGGAGAAGUUUGGCCCCCGUGCGUUGAAGGCAUGGGAUAAAACAGGCGCUCGCCCAAACAAAGCCAAGGCUGGCCAGGGCAAUGUUUCAUAUAUGGAUGGGGAUGUUGUCGGCGCGUCGGCACCCGAAAUAGGGGCCGAGAAUAUAGGGAGAGCAAUGCUGGAAAAGAUGGGGUGGAGUAGAGGGACUGCUCUUGGUGCUACUCACAACAAAGGCAUUCUCCUCCCGGUCUCGCAUGUAGUGAAGAACUCGAAAGCUGGCCUUGGAUAG